AUGCGAGAUUUCAUGAAAUUUUACACUAAUUUGGUGGAACGAUGUUUUAAUGAUUGUAUUAAUGACUUUACUUCAAAAGCAUUAUCUUCUAAAGAGGAAACAUGUAUAUUCCGUUGUACGGAUAAAUUCUUAAAACAUAAUGAACGUGGUGGAUGGUUUGGAGGAUCUUAG